AUACACAGAACCAGUCUAAACAGCAACGGCAAUUCUGACAGAAAUACUGCUUCUCAUAAAAACUGAAUUGAACUUUCCGUAAACUCGACAAGUGAAGAACCAUGAAUGGUUCAUUGCUUUUUGUUUCAAGUAUUAUCAUACUGGUAGAUGUGGUGACCGACUGUCCUCUCAAAUGUCUGUGUCAUUCAAAUUCAAGGACAGUGGAUUGCAGAAAUCAAGGACUUGCCGAAGUUCCUUCCCAUUUACCUGCUGAAACUCAAAUAUUACUUUUGUCAAACAAUGGCAUUCAGAAACUCAGUCAAAGGAGUUUUAGGGGCACAAAGACUCUCAAAAUUCUGGACUUAUCGAACAAUUCUAUUUCAGGUUUAUUACCUGAAACAUUCGGAGGACUAGAACAUUUGCAGAUUCUAAAUCUAACAAAUAAUGUCAUUGGAUAUGUAGAUAAUAAGACUUUUAGCUCUCUACCCCACCUAAGAACACUGGAUUUAUCAUCAAACAAUAUAUCAAAGCUUCCUAGAACUUUAGGAAACAAGACAGAGAACAUUACUUUAUUGUCUCUGAAAUAUAAUCAUCUUCAGGAAGUUGACAGACUUCUGCUAGAAUCACUUCCAAAUCUGAAAAUUAUUCUUUUCAAGGGCAAUUUCUGGCAAUGUAAUUGUCAAGUCUUUGGGCUUAAAUUAUGGCUGGAAACCUUUCUGUACAAUG